AUGAAUGAAAAACAUCAAGCUGGUAUUUUAUAUAAAUAUCGGUGUGAAAGAAGGUUAAAUCGAGAACGUUGCAAUGCCAAGAGACGCCAGCAGAAGUAUCGUCGCUCCUUACGUGUAACAUUUGAACCAACGAAUGAACUCAAUCCUCAGUUGUUGAAUACACCUACUCAAACAAAUGAUAGUGUUGUUUUAAAUUAUGUGCAAGAAGAUUAUGCUGAUGAUGAACAACAACAAAAUAUUUUUGCAGAUGCAGAUGAUACUUGUAAUGAGGCUUUUAUUAGUGACGACGAUUCUGAUAGUUGCAAUAUUUAUCAUGGAAAUUAUUCAUGCAAAACAAUUUGUUCCACUAUCACCGUGGAUGAUGUAAGUGAAGCAAAACUAUCUGAAGAUUUAGAAGAAAAUGAAGAAAAUAAUAAAUUGUCAAAAUUACAUCGAUCUCCAAGUGAUCUUAUAUAUAAAUUAGCAAUGUUUAUACGAGCAGCCAACAUGAAUAAAAAAAUACCAAUCGACUUUUAA